AUAGCAGGUGCAGGAGAUAUGAGUAUUGAGGCAUUGGCAGGCUUUUGGGCAGGUGCGUGCCAUGCGUGUCGCCCUGUCAGUCAAAGCAGGUUACCUGGCUGCCAGUCAGCCAUCAAUUUUUCGCCCCAGCCAAUUUCAGUCUAGUGGCAAGCCACGAUGCGUGCACAACAGAAAACUGCCCAGGAGCGGGAGCAGCUGCGCCGCCAGCGCUCCGAGGCGCGGAUGAUCUUGGCAAGCUAUCGAGCAUUGGGCUUUGAAUAUGUGGUCAAUCCACCCGUGGUUGCAAAAGUGGCCUUUGGCUCGACGAUGCACCGCGAUGUAAUGCCAAUUAGUGGUCCAGCUAUGUCCAGCUACAUGCGCUCCCUACAGACGGAGCUACGGGAAUAUCCCGGUCCACUGGAUUAUGAUUGUGCAAAGCCAAUUGGAUUUAAGUAUCCCUCAAAUGCUGGCUUUUCUGCAUUGGCUAACAAGAUGCCCCGUCUGCCUGUUGUGCGGGAUCAGAUCAUUCCCCCAUUAGGCACCUAUGAGCCCUCGCCUGGGGUUCUACGCGCUGGCUAUACCUUCGACCGGCAGGUGUCCACACUGCCCAAGUGGCUGACACCCGGUCCCUCCACCUAUUCGAUUCACAACAAGUAUCCGAAUUAUAAGCUCGAAACUGCUUUCGGCAGCUGUCGCCUUAUCUGGCCCGCAGUCGCCGUCUUUUGUGGCCCCAAGCAUGAUGCCGUCUGCAUCAUUUGCCAUGAGACGCCCAAGGGCGAUUACUUCCACAGCUUCGCCAACGACAAGGACAUGUGCAGGCUGUGCAUGGCCGAGCAGAUGGCGACCAUCAAGCACUGCGCCCUGAGCGUCGUCGAGCGCUAUCGCAAGCGCCAGUACAUCAAGCAGUUUGUGCCCGCCCGCUACUGCGGCUUCUUCCACGAUCACAACGGCACCACCGCCGCCACCGAGAUCACCUCACGCAGGGAGCUACGCGACAAGAUUCGCGUCGAGAACUAUUUGUAUCGCUUUGCCAGCAAAGUGGCAUAGCAUAAU